GCCAAUAUUCUAUCUGAAAUUCGCCAAUGGCGAUUGUCAGUUAUUGAGCAGCACAAACAGGAGUUGCAAGAUGAAAAGAUGAAACAUGAAGCUCAAGUUGCACAAAUGAUCUGUCAGGCUGAGAACUUGAACCAACUAAUUUGCACAUAUGAGGAAUCCGUUCGAAGAAAAGAUGAGGUGAUCACCAAUUUGAUCCAUGGCAUUCAAAAUCUGAAAGAGAAGAUAGAAUUGAUGCGCCGAUUUACACAGUGGCGACUUCAACAUUCAGAAGCAAAAAUGGAAGCGUAUGCAAAUACCCUGGCUGAAAGACACUAUAAUUUCUGUCUGAUGAAAAAGGUGUGUACAGCUUGGAAAUCAGAAAUGCAAACAAAAUGGAAAGAGAGAGUAGAAAAGGCGUGUCAAGCUCGUGCUGAGGAGGUCUGUAUCCAGUUGUCCAGGGAUUACGAAAGACAGCUCGAUACAUCAAGGGAGGAACUGGAAAGGGCAAAAGCAGAGAUAAGACGGUUGUUAGCUGAAAAGGACAAGUAUACUGAUUCUAUGAAGAAAGCAUUCAUGCGUGGUGUAUGUGCUCUCAACCUAGAGGCAAUGAGUAUGUUUCAGAAUGGAAACAGGAGAGUGGAACACGGUCAGUACUCAUGAAGAACAUGUCAAUGAAAAUUUCAAGAAUGUUAUUCAACUGAAUAAGUGGAUGUAAAUAAAGUGACACUUUUUGUACAGUUA